CAACGUGAGUUGAACUUUACUGAUACCAGUCUACAAAAGGAAGCUCUCUCGACAGAGACCUUCACCUCCAAAAGAGCCCUUUUCCGACAAGCUUACCACUCAAACAAAAGCCCACGGAGCAAAGGAUACAAUGCACGACCACUACGAGACCGACCGCGACAGUCUGGAACACCAGGGAGACGAGCAGUACCACGAGGAGGAAGACGAGGAAGCACCCGGCUUCCUUGACGCCGACGACGUUGCCGAAGAGGUUUACGAUGAUGAGGACUGCAUGGACCAAGGGGAUGGCGCUGACGAGGACGAGGGCGAAGAGGGAGAGGACGAGGAGGGUUAUGUAGACGAUUCUGAGGGAGCGUUCAUGCAGCAUGGUGAACCCAUUUACGCAACAGCUUUCCACCCUACACACCCGUUUCUCGUGCUCACCGGUGGAGGCGACGACAAGUCCUAUCUCUGGCGGGCAGAUACCGGUGACGUUCUCGCACAGCUUCCACAACACGAAGACUCAGUGGCAGCGGUCGCAUUCAGCCGUGACGGCAUGUACGCUGCCUCGGGAGCGCUGGAUGGGAAGGUGCAUGUCGUCGAGGUCGCUGUCAGCGCCGACGGUACGGUGGGCGAGGUUGGAGCUGCCGGAGAGAGGAGAGGUGUCGUGAGUCUUGAUGCUGGAAGUGGGAUUACGUGGCUGGAUUGGCAUCCGCGCGGGCAUGUGUUGCUCGCUGGGACGGAGGAUGGUACCUUGUGGAUGUGGCAGGUGCCGAGUGGGAACUGUAUGAAUGUGUUUAGCGGGCAUGUGGAGAGUGUAACGUGUGGACAGUGGGCUCCUGAUGGCAAAUCCAUUGUUUCCGGCUCAUCCGACGGAUCCCUCAUUCUGUGGGACCCCAAAGCCGCCACGGCAACACUACGCCUCACCGCCUCUGACGCCCGUUUUCACAGCGUGGGCAUCACCAGUCUUGCCAUGCACCCUGACGGCCAACUCCUUUUGACUGGCGCCGAGGACGGCACAGCCAGGUUGAUUCACGGUGGCAACGGCCGCAUCUUGGCGUCCUUUGAUUCCCAUACCGAGUCCAUCGAAGCAGCCGCGUUCUGCCCUACUAUGCCGAUCGUGGCUACUGGAAGUGUCGACGGUAACAUUUGCCUUUGGGACACCCAGGCGAUGAGAUUGAGGCAGACGUUGCGUCAUGAUGACGCAAUCACCUCCCUCAAAUUCCACAAAACGCAGCCCCUAAUCUACAGCGUCUCCACCGACCGCACAGCCCGCGUAUGGGACGCACGGACGGGCGACUGCCUGCGCGUACUGAGAGGGCAUCGCGAAGGGAUCCUGAGCUUCGACUACAACGUGGACGGCAGCGUGAUUGUCACGGGCGCGGAUGAUGGGUCUGCGAGGGUUUGGGGAUUGCAGUGAUGGGCUGUUGGGCAAGCAGAUAGGAUAGACUAGAUGCUGGGCUCCUCCAGUCUCCGCGUAGUACGAAUGGACGUUCGCAGAGCAUUCACCGGGAAUUACUUUUUUUGUAUUUUACUUACACACAU